AGGCCGCGGGCGGAGCGCGCGGGGCGGGGCGAGGAGCGGGGAGCCGCGGGCCGGGGCCCGGGCCGCCCAGAACCCGCCGCGCCGGGCUGGGCAGGGAGGCGGCCGCGGGGCCCGGACAGCGCCCUCGGACCCCGAGCCGAGCAGCCGAGCGCCCCGGUUCCUGCGCGCUCCCCGCCGCGGCCGGAGCGGACCCACCCUGCGCGCCCCGCCUGCCGAUCGGGGGGCGCCCUCGGGCUCCCGGCGGGGCUCCCUCCCCACCCCGGCCCCGGACGUCGCGGGCGGCGACCCACCCUCCCGGGAGGCGGCGGAGGCGAGCAGCCGCGGGCUUUGUGUGCGAGCCGCGCCCGGGACCCCGCAGCCCCGCGCCCCGCACGUCCCCGCCCCGCGGAGCCCGAGCGCUGCCCCGGCGGCCCGCUGGACGGACGGCGCGCGGCAGGCGGGCGGGGACACCCUGGGCCCGGCCGCCGCCCCCGGACCGGCGCGGGGAGCAGCCCGGAGCCCGCCCGCCCGCCCCGUCGGCGCCGCUCGCCCGAGCAGCCCGGCCCGGAGCCCCGGCGGCGCGCACCAUGAGCGGCGGCGAGGUGGUCUGCUCGGGGUGGCUGCGCAAGUCGCCCCCGGAGAAAAAGUUGAAGCGUUAUGCUUGGAAGAGGAGAUGGUUCGUGCUUCGCAGUGGCCGUCUAACGGGGGACCCGGAUGUCUUAGAAUACUACAAAAAUGAUCAUGCCAAGAAGCCCAUUCGUAUUAUCGAUUUGAAUCUCUGCCAGCAAGUCGACGCCGGACUGACGUUCAACAAGAAGGAGUUUGAAAACAGCUACAUCUUUGACAUCAACACCAUCGACCGGAUCUUCUACCUGGUGGCGGACAGUGAAGAGGAGAUGAAUAAGUGGGUCCGAUGCAUCUGUGAUAUUUGUGGGUUCAACCCUACAGAAGAAGAUCCUGGGAAGCCCCCGGGCAGCUCCUUACAAGCUCCAGUGGAUUUGCCGUUACCUGUGAGCACAGUUCCACCACCCCUGCAGGUGGACGCCUCUUCCACGGCUGCCCCGCCUCCAUACCAGUUCAUCAGCUCACCACCACACCUGGAAACGCUUGGCCUCCAGGAAGACCCUCAAGACUACCUCUUGCUCAUCAACUGUCAAAGCAAGAAGCCUGAGCCUACCAGGACGCACACGGAUUCUGUGAGGUCCACCUCCGAGACAGACUGCAAUGACUUCGUGUCACAGAAGGGCCUGGGGACGACCACCGCAGCCUCCUUGCAGAGCAAGCCCGGGGUCAACGGCUUCUUCCCGCCCCAUGGCCGGGGCGACCCCAGUCUCUACUAUCUGCCUCGCAGCUUCUCCCACGACGUGCUGCCCCGGGGGGUCUCCCCAUCUAGCACCGAGGCCGACGGUGACCUGUACGUCUUCAACACCCCCUCGGGGACCGCCAGCCUGGAGGCGCACCUGCGGCACGUGUCCCUCAGCUACGACAUCCCCCCCACCCCCGGGAACACCUACCAGAUUCCCAGGACCUAUCCCGAAGGGGCCCUGGCACAGGCGUCCAAGCUGGACCCCAUCCCGGACAUCCCGCCGCCGCCGCGGCCCCCCAAGCCUCACUCCACUCACGACCGGGUGCCUGGGGAGCCUGGUGGCCUCGCCCGCACAGCCUCAGACACCGACAGCAGCUACUGUGUCCCCACCGCCGGGGUGCCGGGGUCUCGCAGCAACACCGGCUCUGCCGCCGACCUCAACAAGCUGCGGAAAGAUGCUAGUUCUCAAGACUGCUAUGAUAUUCCACGGACUUUUCCAAGUGAUAGAUCUAGUUCACUGGAAGGCUUCCAUAACCCCUUUAAAAUCAAAAAUGUAUUGACAGCGGGAAGUGUGUCAAGCGAAGAACUGGAGGAGAACUAUGUCCUGAUGAACCCCAACUCUCCGCCACGACCACAUUCCAGCGCUGUUCCCGAGCCCACCCAGGAGGCAAACUACGUGCCAAUGACUCCGGGGACAUUUGAUUUUUCGUCCUUCGGAAUGCAGGUCCCUCCCCCUGCUCACAUGGGCUUCAGGUCCAGCCCCAAGACCCCUCCCCGAAGGCCAGUUCCCGCUGCAGACUGUGAACCACCCCCGGUGGACCGGAACCUCAAGCCCGACAGGAAAGGUCAAAGCCCUAAAAUUUUAAGACCCAAAACCCAUGGUUUAGAGCGAACCGAUUCACAAACCAUAGGGGACUUUGCUACGAGAAGAAAGGCCAAGCCAGCACCUUUAGAAAUAAAGCCAUUUCCAGAAUGGGAAGAAUUACCAGCCCCAGUCAGAUCUCCCAUCACAAGGAGUUUUGCUCGAGACUCUUCCAGAUUCCCCAUGUCCCCUCGGCCGGACUCUGUGCACAGCACAACCUCCAGCAGCGACUCACAUGACAGCGAAGAGAACUACGUACCCAUGAACCCGAAUCUACCUGGUGAAGACUCGAAUCUUUUUGGCAGCAACAGCCUGGAUGGUGGAAGCAGCCCUAUGAUCAAGCCCAAAGGAGACAAACAAGUGGAAUACCUGGACCUUGACUUAGACUCUGGGAAGUCCACACCACCACGGAAGCAAAAGAGCAGCGGUUCAGGCAGCAGCGUGGCGGACGAGAGGGUGGACUACGUGGUGGUGGACCAGCAGAAGACUCUGGCCCUGAAGAGCACCCGGGAAGCCUGGACCGACGGCAGGCAGUCCACAGAAUCCGAAACACCUACCAAGAACCUUAAGUGAGAUACGGCUCUGCUACCGCUGAGCAAAAGAGAACUGAGCAGUGAGGGGGGAAAA